CGUAGGGACGGCUGAGCCAUGGCAGCCCUGCUGAGACCAGCCCGCUGGCUCCUCCGAGCCGGGACGACCCCGCGCCUUCCGCUCUCCCUGCGCCUCCUUGCAGGCGGCCUAAGCCGGCCGCACGCCGCCCCUUGUGUGCCCGCCGCCCGCGCCGGGCCCGUCGCCGGAGGGCUGCUGAACCAAGCCAGGCUAUAUGCCAUUGCUGUUGAGAAAAAGAAUUAUCUUCAAGAGGAGCCUGCUUCUUCUCAUAGAAGGAAUGCCAGUCAGUUUGACUGGGCUCUAAUGAGACUGGAUAAUUCUGUCCGAAGAACUGGCCGCAUCCCAAAGACUCUUCUACAAAAAGUCUUUGACACUACCUGUCACUCAGGCAGCCCAGGUGGUAAUCAAGCCUUGCUUCUCCUGCGCAGCUGUGGUUCUCUCUUGCCUGAACUGCAGCUCUCCGAGAGAACAGAAUUUGCUCAUAGGAUAUGGGACAAACUUCAGAAAUUGGGUACUGUGUAUGACGUAAGUCACUACAAUGCUUUACUUAAAGUCUAUCUUCAAAAUGAAUAUAAAUUUUCACCAACUGACUUCUUGGCAAAAAUGGAGGAAGCAAACAUUCAACCAAAUCGAGUGACAUACCAGAGGUUGAUUGCUGCUUAUUGUAAUGUGGGGGAUAUUGAAGGUGCCAGCAAGAUUCUUGGAUUUAUGAAAACCAAGGAUCUGCCAGUCACGGAGGCAGUUUUCAGUGCCCUUGUUACGGGGCAUGCAAGAGCUGGAGAUAUAGAGAAUGCAGAAAAUAUUCUCACAGUGAUGAAAGAGGCUGGAAUUGAGCCUGGUCCAGACACAUACUUAGCAUUAUUGAAUGCGUAUGCUGAAAAGGGUGACAUUGACCGUGUUAAGCAGACUCUGGAGAAGGUGGAGAAGUCUGAUCUUUACCUUAUGGACCGUGAUUUAUUCCAAAUUAUUUUUAGUUUCAGUAAAGCUGGGUAUUCUCAAUAUGUCCCAGAAAUUUUGGAAAAAAUUACAUAUGAAAGAAGAUAUAUUCCAGAUGCAAUGAACCUCAUUUUACUUUUAGUCACCGAAAAAUUGGAAGAUACAGCAUUCCAAAUUUUAUUAGCAUGUCCUGUAUCAAGGGAAGACAGUCUGAGUGACUUUGGCAGUUUCUUUUUGCGACACUGUGUGACUAUGAAUACGCCUGCAGAGAAGCUGAAAGACUACUGCAGGAAGUUAAAGGAGUCCCAGAUGCACACAUCUCCUUUGCAAUUCACACUUCAGAGCGCUUUACUAGCCAGUAAAACCGAUUUGGCAAAAGCUCUGAUGAAGGCUCUGAAGGAAGAAGGUUUUCCUGUCAGAACUCAUUAUUUCUGGCCAUUGCUAGCUGGACAUCAGAAGAAGAAAGAUGUUCAAGGUAUAGUCGAAGUUCUCAAAGCAAUGCAUGAAAUGGGAGUAAGUCCUGAUCAGGAGACAUACGUAAAUUACGUGUUUCCAUCCUUUGAUAGUGCGAGGUCAGUUCAUGCUGUUUUGCAGGAAAAUGGAUGUCUACCUGAAAGUAAUGUAUUUUCACAAGCUGAAUUGAGAAGUGAAGCAGUUAAUGGGAACUUAGCCUAUAUUUUAUCAUUUUUGGAAUCAAAUACACAGCCUCUGUCAUUCGCUUCUUUGAGAGGCAGUCUAAAUCUAGGCUUUAGGAGGUCUAUGGAUAUAAAUCUUUGGAGCAAGAUAACAGAACUGUUGUAUAAGGAUGGACGGUAUUGCCAAGAGCCUCCAGGACCAGCGGAAGCUGUUGGCUAUUUUCUUUAUAACUUGAUUGACAGCAUGAGUGACUCAGAGGUACAGGCCAAGGAGGAGCGUUUGAGACAAUACUUCCAUCAGCUGAAGGAGAUGAAUGUAAAAAUUCCUGAAAAUAUCUACAGAGGCAUUCGUAAUCUACUGGAUAGCUACCAUGUUCCUGAAUUGAUUAAGGAUGUUAAUAUAUUGGUUGAAAGAGAGAAGAUAGACUCUAGAAAAACUACACAGCUGCCGUCCUCUGUUUUGGAGUCUACACUUGAAAAACUAAAAGCUGAAAAUCAACCUAUAGGAGAUGUCCUAAAGCAACUCAUACUAGCGCUUUGUUCAGAAGAGAACAUGCAAAAAGCUCUUGAAUUGAAAGCAAAAUAUGAAUCAGACAUGGUUGUUGGUGGCUAUGCCGCUUUAAUAAAUUUGUGCUGUCGACAUGAUAAUGCAGAAGAUGCAUUGAACCUGAAACAAGAACUUGACCGAUUAAAUUCAUCUGCUGUCCUUGACACUGGCAAGUAUGUAGGCCUUGUAAAAGUAUUGGGAAAACAUGGCAAGCUCCAAGAUGCUAUUAACAUUCUAAAGGAGAUGAAAGAGAAGGAUGUUGUUAUCAAAGAUGCAACAGUCUUGUCCUUUUUCCACAUCCUAAAUGGCGCAGCUUUAAGAGGUGAAACUGAAACAGUGAAACAGUUGCAUGAAGCCAUCAUGACUCUAGGGUUAGCAAAACCAUCCACUGCCUUAAGUUCCCCAUUGGUCACUCUGUAUCUGGAAAAGGAUGACUUAGGUGCUGCUCUUGAAGUCGCCAUCGACUGCUAUGCAAAGUAUAAAGUAUUACCAAGGAUUCAUGAUAUCUUAUGUAAACUGAUAGACAAAGGCGAGACUGAUCUAAUUCAUAAAGUAAUGAACUUUGUGAGCCAAGAACAAGGUGAAAUGACGAUGCUAUAUGAUCUCUUCUUCGCCUUCCUACAAACAGGAAAUUACAAAGAGGCCAAGAAGAUCAUUGAGUUUGGAAUAUAUUUUGCUUUUGAUUGCGCUGAGACCCACAUCAAGGGCUUCACACUGAACGAUGCUGCCAACAGCCUCCUCAUCAUAACGCAAGUUAGGCGGGAUUAUUUGAAAGGUAUGUCACAAUGCUUGACCUUUACGUCACAUUAA